AUGUGGUCUUAUUCUCGAAGGGGAUUCGCAUCAGUAGCUUCCGCUACAGUAGCCCAACAUCAACAAAAGGCACGAUACAAGCCGGUGAUCGGAUUGGAGGUGCACGUGCAGCUGAACACCAAAACGAAGCUAUUCUCGCGAUGCCCCACCACCGACUCCUCCCCGAAUCGACGGGUUCUACCAUUCGAUAUGGCCACCCCGGGAACUCUUCCAUCCCUAAACUCUCAAUGUAUUUAUCGUGCAUUGAAAAUGGCACGUCUUCUGAAUUGCCACGUGUCAGAAUGGUCGAGAUUCGACCGGAAACACUACUUCUAUGGGGAUAUGCCGGCUGGCUAUCAGAUCACUCAGAAUCACCAUCCUAUUGCCAAAAAUGGAAAUUUCGGUUUUUGGGUUUUCGAUGAGCAUCUGGAUGUGCCUUAUUGGAAAGAGGUGAAAAUCCUUCAAUUGCAAUUGGAACAAGAUUCCGGGAAGACGAUUCAUCUACCGUCAACGUCUUCAGAAGGAGGAGAAGGUCCCAAAUCUCUAAUUGACUAUAAUCGCGCUGGAUGCGCCUUGAUUGAAAUCGUGACGUCUCCAUGCUUCGAGACGGCGAUUGAAGCGAUUCGAUUCGUUCAAACCCUUAGAUUAUUGAUUAUUCAUCAUAACUUAUCGAAUGGAGAGCUGCAUAAGGGACACUUGAGAGUUGAUGCGAAUGUGUCGUUGGAGAGGGAUACUGUACCUGAUUCCAAAUCCUCCAAUCACACCUCAAUUUGGGUAAAUUGGGCUCGACCAUAA